UGUGCACUUGCAGGUGUCGGGAAAUCUUCGCUUGUUCACCUGCUGUGCCACAACCAGGUGCUGGGAAACCCGUCCUGGACGGUGGGCUGCUCCGUGGAUGUGCGAAUCCAUGACUACAAAGAAGGGACUCCAGAAGAGAAGACCUACUACAUUGAGCUGUGGGAUGUUGGAGGUUCAGUGGGUAGUGCCACUAGUGUGAAAAGCACACGAGCAGUAUUCUAUAACUUGCUGAAUGGGAUAAUUUUAGUGCAUGACUUAACCAACAAGAAAUCAUCCCAGAAUUUGUACCGCUGGUCUUUGGAAGCACUCAACAGAGAUGUCGCUCCAACAGGAGUUCUCGUGACAAAUGGUGACUAUGACCGUGAGCAGUUUGCUGAUAACCAGAUUCCACUGCUGGUAAUAGGAACUAAGCUGGAUCAGAUCCCAGAAACUAAGAGGAAUGAAGUUUUGACCAGAACAGCUUUCUUGGCUGAGGAUUUCAAUGCUGAAGAGAUAAAUUUGGAUUGCACCAAUCCUCGUUACCUGGCUGCAGGUUCAUCCAAUGCUGUCAAACUAAGCAGGUUUUUUGAUAAGGUCAUAGAGAAGAGAUACUUCUUAAGAGAUGGCAAUCAGAUUCCUGCCUUCUCUGAAAGGAAAAGGUUUGGAGGAGGAACACUGAAGAGCUUUCAUUAUGACUGAACACUGAAGAAGUGGAAGAUGACUUCUCCGAGUUCCUAAUGACAUUCCCAUUCUGACUGGAUGCUCAAAGACCAUAAUGCUUAUGUCAAGCAGAGUAAAGUGAAAUCACAGCUGGCUAGUCUGCUGAAGCUACUAUUGCUGGAAAAGACUAGGGGAAGAUUUCAAAAAAACUUGAUCUGAAGCCUAGAGUCUUUCUUAGGAUUGCUGUCUGGAUAGGCUGUCUGGAUAUAUGGGAACAUUUGGGGAAAGUGUGCAAUAAAUUGAAUGCCUGUCACACUGCUGUGGGAAACUUUAUCAUACACAGCACAUAUGUGUGACAUCUUUGUCUCCAUCUUGGAAAACUUAUGGACAGCCUUUGCAAUGAAUUGCAUUCAUUUUACCUCUGAAGGAAAGAUAAGACUGAGGGGGCUUCUCAUUUACAGUAAAGUGAACAAAAGAAGUGAGCAAAACGUAAAGAUGGGUAAGGAACGGUCUGAAAAAUAAUGGAACGUGUUUAUUAAAUGAAUGGUGUGUUGUCUUACUUGGAACAUGCUGUUCAUACCUAUACAAAAGGGAUUAAAAAAAGCAAAAUAUGAAAAAAUAUUUGAAGCCUUAAAAAAAGCCAUUAGUAGAAAACAAGUGGUGUUAAUUCUGCUGCUUACACUGAGAUUGUUUACUUUGGAGAGGACAAAGUGAAUCAGGUUCUUCUGUUUAUCUUUUCAUAAUUGACUGUGGUCUUGUUCUUAAUAUUGAAUUAAAAAGCA